CAAUAAUAUUUUUGUUUUUUAUCAGUAAAAUUCUAAAAACAACUUUGUGGUAAUGUCCGGCCAAACAGAUAUUUUGUUUAAAGAUCUUACCUUAGUUUGCCGCGGAUGUCUUCAAUCGACGCGCGAAAUGAAAAACAUGUUCGAAUUUGGUCUUGAUGAGGAUUUUUAUAAGUUGACCAAUAUAAAGAUCAACAAAACGGAUAAUUUGUCAAAAUUAAUGUGCUCCGAAUGUGAGAAUGUUAUCAUAAAAUGUAGAAACUUCCAUGAGCAAUGCAGUCAAUCGGAUUUUAUUCUGAACGUUGUUUCCAAGAGACAGUCGCUCGAUACAGCAGACAAUACAAAAUCAUUAGAUGAUAAUGUAUCACAAAAUACGAUAACAUAUUUCUUGCACGAUAAGAAGUUGAUAAUAAAAGUGACGGCACCAGACACAGAUGCCAAGAUAACGUAUCACUGUACCCAUGACUGUCCGGAGAGGUUUAAGAAGAAAACUGAUCUCCUGCAGCAUCUCAUACGACGGCACAACAUAGAAAUGGACUUUGUCAUCGAAGUCGAGUACUAUUGCUCUAUCGCGACCUGCCAGUAUCACAUAGAUUCGACAUCCGGUAAACAUUUCACGGGCAGGAAGUACCUGAAUCAGCACAUUUCGAAAGUGCACAGAGAAAAAAUUCUAUGUCAGAAUUGCUUAUUGAAUUUCCCUUGUAGUACAGAUUUCAAUCGUCAUUUGAAAAACUGUUCGCUUUCCCAUAAGUGUAAAGUGUGUGAUAGGGAAUUCAAGACGAAUGAGCGUCUGCUCGUCCAUCUGUUACGGAAACAUCCGACGUUCCACAAGAAAUACAAAAUGGAGCGAAAAAUCUGCAAGAAGAUGUCCCAGGAUAUUGAUAUCGAGAAGUUCAAGGAGCAGGAGAAUGUUCCAGAAUACUGUGAUAGUCCGACGAGGUCGUUCGCGACGCAGACUCUGAAAUUAGACGAAAAUAUCAGGAACGAUGUCGCGUUACCGUCUUGGCAACAAGAACAGACGAAGAAAGACGAAAUAUCGACACAGACGGUUUUCGAGGAUUUGCUUUCGCUCAAAUCGCAAACGAGCGAGGACGACUCGAUAUUCUACUCGGAAACAGUAUCGUUGUCUGAUAUACAAACUCAGACCUUACCGCUCGAAUUUGGUUUGAGUCGAUCAAAUAAAGAAACUGAAACUCAAUCGCCAGAUUUGAGUAUAAAGGAAACUCAAACUUGCUUCUGUUUAUACGAUUCACUGAAGUCGAACUUCAAGUGCGGUGAUCUUAUGUCGAACACGGGAACGUUUUGUACGACUGAAACUCAAACUCUCGCACUCGAAACUGACUUACUCAGCUUCUCGUCCGCUCAAACUCAAACGUGUUUCGAGGAUUCAAGGAAAGACUUUUGACAGUGGUUUUAAUGCAUAACAUGCGUGGAAAUUAGAGUGAUUCAUUAAGUUUGUUUAUGGUUACGACCAUAGAUUAGGGAGGGGAGGACUUAAUAUUCGCUAAUAUAUAGCCUAUUCCAAUUGAAGAUCUAAAGAUAAAUCUUAUAUUUACUUAUUCCAUGCGAUUUGUAAUAGCUCUGCGAUACUAUAUACUAGAAACAGUUCGCGAUUAAUAUGUCUUUAUUUAUAACAUUACAUUAUUCCACUUAACUACUUAUAUACACUUCAUAUUUACUUACAAAGUUCAAAAACACUUAUCGACAUCAAAAUGACAUAUUAUAGCGAAUCCAUAUUGAACAUCGUAUGUCAUAGAUUAUUCAAUAUCUCGACCAAUGAUAUCACGUCAAUUCAAGAUUAAUGUUUUUUUCUUUCUGAAUGAGUAUAUGCUGUUGGCCUUACUGGCUUUUACAGCGUCACCGGGCGUUGUGGCGAGUACUAGUAGACUUGAAAUUUGAGCCAUCUCGGGCUCCGCGUGACGUCCAUCCCGAGGGUGUCUCCUACGAGAUCGCACCUCGGCUCGGGACGUAGUCGCUAGGGUGGAAAGCGCUUCGCUUUGCAAGAAGCAUCACACUUUAUCACGACCGGUUUCAUGACGUCUCUAGUCGUGGACCUCGUUUCCGCCGGUGUAUUUGUUAGUAUCUUCCCUUUGAAGGGAGCAUUUGCGACAGUUAUUCUGUCGUCUUUAUCGUCUAGGACGUGCAUUGGACUGCGUCUGUGAGGGUUGUGUUGUUUUUUUUUUUUUUUUUUUUUUUUUCCUGAGUUAAUGUGUGCUGUUGGCCCUAUUGGCCUUUACAGCGUCACCGGGCGUUGGGGCGAGUACUAGACUCCGCCUUGAAUUUCGAGCCGUCUCGGGCUCUACAUGACGUCCAUCCUGAGGAUGUCUCCUACGAGAUCGCACCUCGGCUUAGGACGUAGUCGGAGGGGAGGGAAGCGCUUCUAUACGAAGCACCAAACUAGAUCACGACCGAUUUCGUGAUGUCGCAAAUCUGGGACCUCGUUUCCGCCGGCGGAAACGGUGUAUGUGUGUCUUGUGUAGUGUUUUCCCUACGAAGGGAGCAUUUGCGACAGUUAUGCUGUCGUCUUUGUCAUCAAGGACGUGCAUUGGACGCCUGAGUCUGUGCGGGAGGUUACCUCUGAGGGAGGUAUAUGAGCAGGCCUGUGCUAUCAGCGGAUUGCUGUGUCGUUUAGCUCUCUCAAAAUACGCCGUAGAGAGCAUUUUGAGAUACUUGGCGAUCGAAUCGAUUUUGAGGUCCUUGUGAAGGUCAACGUUACGUAUGUACCAUGGCGAGUUGGUAGCGAUACGAAGAAAGCGAUUUUGAAUCAUCUGCAGACGUUUGAUCUGACACGGUGAGCAGUGGGCAAAGACAGGGCUCGCAUAGGUCAUUAUGGGACGUAUGAAGGUUUUGUACAAUGUCGUCUUAUUUCUAAGGGACAUUUUACUCCUCCCACAUAGCAUCACAUACAGUCUUCCUAGUACGAACGCUGCCCUGUUACGUACCCUUUUGAUGUGGGACUGGAAAUUGAGUCUCCUAUCGAGUGUGACUCCUAAGUAUUUAACUUCGGAUUUCCACGGGAUAGGUUGGUCGAACAGGGUUAUGUUUCCCGGGUUGGCCAUAUGAUUCCUAAUAUAUAUAGGAUUGCGGGUGAAGUGUACUGCUACACUUUUAUCCGGAUUAACUUCGAUUCUCCACUUCCGGAACCAAUCGCCUAGUGCGUUGACCGCGGAUUGGAGACGCUUUGUCAUGACUGCCGUCGAAGGCGUGGUUGUAUAUAAGGCGGUAUCGUCCGCGAAGAGGGCUAAGUUAACCCUUUGGGUUGGGUUUGGAAUAUCAUUCGUGAAUAACGAAUAGAGUAUCGGGGAUAGUGCGGAGCCUUGAGGGACUCCUGCCCUGAUGGGGCGAGGUGAUGACAAGGUGCCUUCAACUCUGUAGCGGAAAGUACGAUUCGUCAAGUAGUCUCGUAUGAUGAGAACGAGUCUGUCUGGCAAUCCGAGAGUGUAUAGUUUAUAUAAUAAACCAUUGUGCCAGACUUUGUCGAAUGCUUUCGCUACAUCGAAGAAUAGGGCACCCGUGGAGGUGGUUCUACCGAUGGCGAAACCCUUAAGUAUGUCUUCCGUUAGGCGGUGGACCUGAUUGACGCACGAGUGCCCGGCUCUAAAGCCGAACUGCUCGUUAAUUUGAAUCUGAUUGGCCCCUACGUGGGCUUUGAUUCUUGCGAGGAUAACUCUCUCGUAGACCUUUCCGAGAGUGUUGAGGAGGCUAAUGGGUCGAUAGCUCGUGGGUUGAUUCCUGGGUUUCCCUGGUUUAGGGAUUCCUAUGACUAUGGCUUCUUUCCAUUGGUCUGGAAAGGAGCAUCCUGCCAGAAGGGCGUUGAAUAUUAGCACGAGAAGUGCUAUUAGUUGUUGCGGGAGGCGCUUAAUGGCUUUAUUACUGAUCCGGUCCGCACCGGGCGAUUUUUUGACUUGUAAUUUCUUGACUAUCGAUUCGAUCUCCUCGACUGAUGUCGGUGACAACGGUUCGUCCGUUGGUGGCACAGAGCUGAUAUUAUCUAUUAAUGUGUCGACCUUUAAGAGGUGUUCCGGGUCUACCGCUUGGUUGCUCGGUGAGCAUUGCGUUUCUAAGCUAUCGGCUAAGCACUCGGCCUUAUCCAAGUCGUCUGUUGCGGGCGGGAGAUUCGGGCGUAACAAAGGAGGCAUGUUCGCGGCUCGUUCGCCUUUGAGGGAUCUCGGCAUCGUCCAGAACGCUGUGUGCGAUGGUUUGAUUUCCCCUAGGCGAGUACCGUAAUUAUCAUCACGGAAUUCGCUGAAACGGGCUUUGACGUCCCUCUGAAGGGCCCAGAGUUUCCUCCGGUUUUCUGGUGAUGGAAACGCGUCAUGAGCUCGUGUGGCGGCGUUUUUCCGAGUGAUAAGAUCUUUUAAGUCUUCAGGGAGCUCCCAACGCUCGUUAGGGCGAAUUUCGACCUCCCUGGAGCACAUGUCUAUUUUGUCGCGUAUGUGGGUCGUGAGUUUAAUCGCGGCCGCUUUUGCAACGUCUACUGUGUCAAUUCUGUCUGGGAUAUCUUUUAGAGGCUGAGAAUCUAAGGACUGGACUUGCUGUGUGAAUUUAUGCCAGUCUAUAAUCGUUUUAAUAGGACGGUUAAGUGGAUCAUCCGGCCCUAGCUCUACUAAGACUGGGCGGUGAUCUGAGUCUAACUCGGAUAGUGCUUCGAUUGAACGUAACUGCAAGGUCACGCCUUUCAAUAAUACUAUGUCGAGUACGUCUGGUUUAUCUCUGCGGUUCUCCGAGAGUGGGAACCGAGUGGGUGUCGUAGGAGCAAUGACGGCAAAAUUGUGCGACAUACGGUGAGACAAACGAUCUAAUGUUUUACCUCUAGCAUUUGUUUGGAGUGAAUUCCAGUUGGGGUGUUUACUGUUUAGGUCGCCGGCUAAAAUGACCGCGCUACCCAUUGAUAGAAGUGACUUAAGGUUAUUUUCUAGGAGUUGUUUCGUCGGUGAGAGGUAAACAGAGGCUAGGAUAACGGGCUGAUGGCCCGUCAUACUUAGCUGACAGAUUGACGCUUCGAUGUUGGUGAGCGGUGGGGUGUCGAGUGGCAGGCAGUGAAGUGACCUUCUAUAGUAAAUAACCGUACCACCUUUAGCGGAGAUACGAUCGUUUCUGAUGAUGCGGUAAUUCGCGAUGUUCGGAUCGCGAACGUUGGGUUUGAGAAACGUCUCUUGCACUAGCAUGACGUCGACGGGAUGGUUGCGUAAGAAAUCGCGGACUAGAUCGAUUUGUUGGAUAAGACCGUUUGCGUUGAACGUUAUGACGGUCAGGGCGCGAGGCUUUAUCCUAGCGUUGGCCAUUGAGCUUGGUGAGUGCGUUCAUCUGAGUGAACAGCGAUGCAUAUUUUACGAGCAGGCAUACAAAGUUACCUGGGUCUGCCGAGUACUCAUCCAAGAAUUGUUGGAUGCCAUCUAAGUCAAUUUUGCCGCAUAACGUGGCAAAUUGUUUUAGGUUCGCCAUGUCCCGUUCUUGGGAACGCGGCUGUUGACUGUAGUUUGCGCGCGGCGCAAGUGGACGCGGAGGUGCCUCUGUGGUCUUACGGACCAUAGGCAGUGGUUUUUCCCAAGCGCCUUUGUUGGUAGCCUGAGGGGCUGGUUGUGUUGUUUAUUUGUAAUAGGUGUGUAUAGUUAGUAACGAACAUCUAGCCAGCGCGAUUCAGGAAUUUGAUAUAUUGAAUCAGCGCCAUCUAUCGGUACCGGGCUGUAACAUUUUAAAUUAAAGUUUUAGUCGUAAAUAUUCUUUAACAAUAAUGAGGUAAGAGAUUCGAGUUUAAAUCAAUAAGUGUUCCGUAAGUAAAUAAUAAUGAAUAUAUAAAUGAAUCCUUUUUUGAUGUGUAAACAUCUUAGUGAUCGGUACAUGGUAUAAUUAUAAGUACAUAACGAAUAUAAGUGUAUAAAGCAGUGGCGGAUUUACAAAUUUUCAAGUUAUAAGUUCUUGCUGCCCUUGCCUCUACAACUGUCAUAUUUUUACAUGCCAGUCCUACUAAUGUUGGGGGUGUUUAUUUUCUCGCUGGAAAUACGCGUUACGCGUUUCUCCCAUAUGUGUAUGAGGAUAUGCGGGAGUCACCGUUAGGGGGCGGCGAACGGCCUGUUUUACUCUAGAAAGUGGAAUUUUGCUGAACCGUCAAAUGUACAAUGACAAGUCAUCAGCAAAAUUUGUUGCCGACUGUCUGUAAAACAUCAGAAAACCAUCAAGAAGAAAUCUUUUUGAUUCCUUUGAGCCGCCAAAUUUGUCGCCCCAAAAAUCUGCCGCCCUAGGCUGACGCCUACUCAGCUGCUGGUAAAUCCGCCACUGGUAUAAAGUAUUUGAUCUCCCUAUUCGAUGGUCAGAAUAGCCACUGAAAUACACCGUAUCUGUUUGAUGGGCAUAAAUUCGAGUAAGUAACUCAUAGUUAGUUAAUAGUGAUAAAAACACACGCACACAGGCGCACAAACAUACCACACAUAUGCGAUACCCAAUACAUCUAAGUGACUUGUUGCUUGUUAGUUAAGUUUUAAGUGGCACAUACUCCCUACAUCAAAGUGUACAAGGGCGUUGUGAUCCCUAAGAUCCAGCUUAAGACCCUUAAGCCGAGAUGGCCUAGUGGUUAGAACGCGUGACUUAGCCAAUGAUCGAGGGUUUAAACCCGGGCAAGAACACUGAGUAUUCAUGUGCUUUAUUUGUGUUUUAUAUAUUAUUCGUCUUGUGCUUAACGGUGAAGGAAAACAUCGUGAGGAAACCUGCAAGAGUCUUAUUUCAUUGAAAUUCUGCCACAUGUGUAUUAUAUCAUCCUGCAUUGGAGCAGCGUGGUGAAAUAAACUCCAAACCUUCUCAAAAGGGAGAGGAGGCCUUAGCCCAGCAGUGGGAAAUCAAGGUAAAAGCGCCCUUGGAAAAACAUAUGAAACUAUAUAUCAUGCUAGCAAUACAAUAUUUUAUAUAUUUUUGCUUAUCAUUUUUUUUUAUUAUUAUUAUUAUUUAUAAAAGGGUGAGUGAGCCAGUUUACGAGCACAAGGGACAUAACAUCUUAGUUGUCAAGGUUGGUGGAGCAUUGGCGACGUAAGGGAUGGUUAAUAUUUCUCACAGCGCCAAUGUCUAUGAGCGGUGGUGAUCACUUACCAUCAGGUGGCCCAUAUGCUCGUCCACCUUCCUAUUCUAUAAAAAAAAAACAAUACAGGGUAAGCAACCCUAAAUUAUCAAGCGCUUAAUAAAUAAAAAAUGUAUACAUAUACUGUAAUUUUGUUUCGGUGUUGUGUAUUAUUAUAUGUUUAACGUAUAUAGCAUUUCAUUAUGUAAAAGAAAUGUAUUAAAUAUAGAUAUUAUAUCAUAUAAGCUAAAAUAUAAUAAUUUAUAAAAAAGUUAUAUCAAAUCGAAAAUAGUUUUUCGAACACUAUCAAUGACUCGCCGAUAACUCGAACGCACGUGACGUCAUAAUGUCCAAUUUGCGGCUGCUACAGAACGCAGUAACAGUAUUAGAGCUAUUCUGUAAGAAAGAACUCGAAACUCAUCAUCGAAAACGGUCGUGAAAUAUCAAAGAGUGAUAUGUGAUAUCGCCCGUAAUAAUCAAAGCAUUUCAACAAUACACGCGAAUUACGUUCGCAGCGGUCAGGAGUUAGAAAAAAACCGAAUAAUUAUCAAUUAUUUAUUAUUAAUAUAUUAUAUUAAUACAAUAAUUGUUUUAUAACUAACGACUGCUUUACUCGAAGUGGGAAUCAAGAGUGAAUAAAAUAAUGUUACAAUUAAUAAAAUUAAAACAAUGGGGCAUUGAAAGGCUAAUAACGUGACGGCCAACUCGUGAGGUGGUCGCCUGGGAAGCUUCCAUCAGUUUGGUACGUCAUAUUCGUGGGAUUAGAGUUCCGUAACUCGCGUCAAAAUAGUAUAUUACCAUAAGUCAACAUUUCACGUGUAAGCAAUGAAGUGGGUUCUUACAGAAUCGCACUCCAUUUCCUGUGAUUUUGUUUAUAAUUUAUUUAAUCGCUUUCUUAUCUUCAUUAACAUUAUGACGUCACAAACAUGGCGGCCAUUCGUUUCGACUUUUACACGUGAUAUUUUUUUAAUUGAUUUAUAAUUAAGUAUAUAGUUUUACUUUUUAUAUGCGUUUUGUUUUAUUUGAUUUAUGAUUAUUGAAAUCGAUUAAUUGAUUGUACAGUAUCUGUCAAAAUUUCUAGUCUGAAGAAGAGUUUUUGAAUUA